CAGAGCACAGGCCGGCGGGAUUGUACGCGUCGCCCGGAGCGCAUCAAAACAAACAAACAAACAAAAAAGAAAAUUAAAAAUUAAAAAAGAGAAAGCAAAAGCAAAAAAGAAAAAUCUAAAUCAAAUAGGAGAAAGCAAAAGCAAAAAAGAAAAAUCAAAAAAGAAAAAAGAAAACAAAGGCAAAACUUUUUAAGUAAAUAGAUCUCUAUUUGAAAUCUAGAAGCCCAGAUACCACCAAAAUGUCGUCUUUUCUGGCCGAGCAAUGGUACGUAGAUCUGGAGAUCCAGCGGAGCAUCGAUCCAGAUGCAGAUCCUCAAGAGCUGCAUGUAGAGUUACUAUCCGAAAUUGCUGAAGAUCAAGGGAAAAACGAAAAGCCGACCCUGACACAAGUCAAACGUGCCCUGCCCUACGCGGAGAGUACUGUCUUAGUGUAUGCGGAUUGGGAGUCAAAACAUGGUCUUAUUCAUGACGCGGAACAGCCAGAAGGAGAAGUGGAAACUUCGAGAAAUACAGAAGAGGAGACUCAGAACGCAACCGACUUAGAAGAUUUGGCAAUUUCUGACUCUGAACGAAGAUCUGGCCUGAGUGGCUUUGCGGUCGCUCAGCGCGAUCUCUGGUGUGGGGACUUCAUCUCAUGGGAAGACUUUAGCACUAGCAGUUUUUGUAGGGUGGCGGUAGCAGGAUUGGGGUUCUCGUCAUCGGGAGAUGCUUCAUGUACCUACGAGUUUCCAAACGUGAUCUUCUCGAAAGCACGGCGUCCAAGAUUAAGGCUAGAAGAAAUCCAUCCUCGCAGGCAUCUUGCUUGGUCCCGUUUGUCAAGGGAAAAAAGACGGAAGAUACCGCUGAAGAUGGAUUUCUUCUAGCUCUAACAAGAAAGCCGCGAUCUCUUGCCGAUAUGAAUGUAUCAGGAGGAGUCCAAGUUUCAACUAGCGGGAUCGUGUCUGUCGACGUUUCCAGCUGCUGCAAAAAUCAGGAAGACAGUUUCCGCAUGAUCGCGACGCGAGAUAUUUCGAAAGGGGAAGCGAUUCGCUUUUUCCCGAGCACGAGGCUGCCCAGGAGUGGAUCCGCUGUCAAGGACGAGUCUGUUGUACUUGAUGGAACCUCCUCUAAUGACACGCCAUCGAAUCUAGUAUUUGUUCCGGAGCUCCUCUUGCUCGAGCCGGAUAUUCGGAAGCGACGAGAUUACUUUUUACGGUGCUACAGAAACGGGGCUUUUGACCCUAGUAUCGGCACUAGCAUGCCAAUUAGCACUGGUGAGCAGGAACAGGGAGAUGCAUGGACAUUGGAGGGUCAGCAGACAGCAGCGCACGCCAGCUCCCAACAAGAAAAGGCGAUAAAGUCGCAACUGGGAGCAAAGUCAUCUGAGAUCCACGAUUCCCUCCGCUUUCAAGAUGUGCGGGACAAUCUAUGACUCAGAAAAAAGGUCUCGCGCCAGUACUUGUCACGCUCGUUCCUUAAUGAACGCCCGUAGAGAAAUGACAAAUGGAAAUACAAGCGCGAUCGCUUUUUUCUGGUUCAUGCCACUACGUGGCUUUAUACAGUGCCUCUGGUGGCUCUGGCACCAUCGGUAGUGUUAAUGGACUGGGAUUACGGGCGAAGUAUGAAAGGUUGAUAGAGAUCCUGGAAACCCUCAGCGCAAGCGCAAACGCCGGAGGACAGGGUCUCCGAGUCGUGCACUCCAUGCCAUUCCUCCUUUUAAGGCUUCAAAAAGGUCAUCCUCCAAUGUGGAGAUCCUGUGGGCUUUCAUUUUUGGACAGGAGAAUAUGAAUCCGAAGAUUGGAAUCAGGAUGAACUUAUUCCAGAGUAGUUUAUAGCACGCAUGGCGCAUGGAGUAGCAUGGAGUGCAUGGAGCGCAGAGCUUUAAGGGGCGCAAGAAGCUCCCCCUUUAGCUCCAUGCUACUCCAUACGAUCCAUGCGCUCCAUGCCAUGCGAGCUGUGGAGCCUCAUAUUUAUAAGUUGCUCUGUUAUUCGAGUGUCUAACUCAUCGAUCUAUUGCCAGUGACUUGUACAAGUUCGGCCUUCUCCUCGAAGAACCAGCUUCAAAAGUCCAAUAUUUUGCACGUUUGCGGUAUGAAGCAUGUAGACUAGUUUAUGGAGAGUCUGAUGAAAAGACGCAGCAAAUCAAGUCGUUCAUCACGAGACCGCAUGAUGCGGAUGCAAUGAUGCGGGAGCAGCUCAUGCUAGACUCAGACAAUUGUAUGACCCUCGAUCGAACCCGCGAGACGCUACAGGACGGACACGGCCGUCGCUAG